AUGGCACUGUUGCCGUGCUUCUACGAUCCUAUUGGUCGUCGACGCUCAGUAAAACCCAACGACAAAGAUGAUGAUGAUGCUGCGACUAGCGAGACAUUAGGCACAAAUGCGUGUCUUACUAUGGGUAAGGCUGAGGAGAAGACGUCGGUGCAAAGUGGACGCCAAGUUUCAGAGCCAGGACUUCGGCUUCAAGGACGCACCCAAUCCCCGCCACCUGCCGACUGA